UGCCACGCGACAUAUAAAUUAGUUGGAAUAAAAUCCAGUGAUAAACGGAGCAGUGCAGCACUUUCGCUUUAAAAUACACAUCUAUGUGCAUAAAUACAGUAGACCAAAUCAUUAAUAUUGCCUAUAUUUGCUGGGUAUUUAAUAGAGGACAGCCCAAGUUAUCAAACUGGAUUUCACCGCGGUAGCAGUUAAAUAGGCCGGAUUUUUUGGAAUUUACAGUACAUGGUACUGUAACGACUUGGAACGAAAAAGGACUCUUCUCUUUUUUAAGUAAUGCAAGCAGCAGUGAUGGAAGAAUCAAACGUAGAGACCGUUGAACAACAAAUCAACACCAACACUAUCACCAACAACCAACAACAAGAGCAGGCCCAGCUCGAGCAACCAUCCUCACCCACUUCUGUCGCUACGCCGACAAGCACCAAUAGCGGCACCACCAACAAUCCAACGCCAACAUUUAGUUAUGACGACUUGUUCCCGGCAUUGCCAGCGAAUACCGCCGCUCCACUGAGCAGUAACGCUGGCCCACCCUGUGUGCGUGUAACGACUACGCAAAAAACCCAGGUGUUGCACGUGUCUGGCGAUGAGCGAAAAACUACUGAAUCGGACAAGUUCGGUGAGGGUGAAUCGAAGCGUAUCUGUCAGCAAAUUUCAAAGGAUACAGGCGCUCAAAUUGAAAUCGCCAGUGGCAAAAAUCAAUCUCUGACCUUCUUGAUUAAGGGCAAGCAAAGCGAAAUAUUGGAUGCACGCCGUCGCAUUCUAAUGCAUUUCUCAACCCAAGCCAGCAAACAGGUAUCGAUACCGAAAGAGCACCAUCGUGUCAUUCUCGGCAAGCGCGGCGAACGUUUGCGUGAGCUGGAGCGUGUAACCGCAACACGCAUAAACAUCCCUACUCAAACGGAGGAGAGUGAGGUGGUCACCAUUUUGGGUACUAAGGAGGGUAUUGAAAAGGCCGAGCAAGAGAUCCGCCAAUUAUCGGCUGAACAGUAUAAGAAGUGCUCGGAUCGCACUUCGGUGCCAAAAGUGUAUCAUCCGUUUAUUGUGGGCCCUAAUAAUGAGAACCUCGCCAAGUUGAUGGAAGAAACCGGGGCGAAGAUCAAUGUACCGCCACAAUCGGUACAAAAGGACGAGAUUGUGAUUUCGGGCGAGAAGGAUGCCGUAGCCAAUGCUAAGGCUAAAGUGGAAGCUAUCUAUAAAGAAAUGGAAAAGAAGUGCUCCACUGUUAGUGUUGAAGUAGCGAAGUCGCAGCACCGCUAUGUUAUCGGUCCGAAAGGUUCAACGUUGGCGGAUAUUCUUCGCAUCACUGGAGUUUCAGUUGAAAUGCCACCCACAGAUUCGCCAUUGGAGACAAUAACAUUGCGCGGCCCGCAAGUGGCAUUGGGUAACGCGUUGACCGUGGUUUACCAGAAGGCCAAUUCCGUUAAAUCGGUGGAAAUCGAAGCGCCUAAUUGGACACAUAAAUAUGUGAUCGGACGCAAAGGUGCCAAUAUGCGUCAACUGGAGGAGGAAUGCCCCAAUGUGAAUGUCUUCUGUCUGGAUGAUAAAAUCAAACUAGAAGGCGAUCCCGAACGCGUUGAUCAGGCAACAAAUUAUCUCAACGAUAUUGUACGCAACUACUUGGACCACUACACUUACGUGGUGAUGACAGUGAAUCCAUCCUACUAUAAGCAUAUCAUUGGUAAAGCUGGCGCAAAUGUGAACCGCUUAAAGGACGAACUGAAAGUGAAUAUCAAUAUUGAAGAGCGUGAAGGUCAGAAUAACAUACGUAUUGAAGGGCCGAAGGAGGGCGUUCAACAGGCUCAGCUUGAAUUACAAGAAAAAAUCGACAAACUGGAAAAUGAAAAGUCAAAGGAUGUGAUCAUCGAUCGCCGUUUGCAUCGUUCGAUUAUUGGUGCCAAGGGCGAAAAGAUACGGGAGAUCAAGGAUCGCUAUCGCCAGGUUACUAUCACCAUACCAAGUCCUCAAGAAAAUACCGACAUUGUUAAACUACGCGGCCCCAAAGAGGAUGUCGACAAGUGCCACAAAGAUUUGCUGAAACUAGUUAAGGAGAUACAGGAGUCAUCACACAUCAUCGAGGUACCAAUAUUUAAGCAGUUCCACAAAUUCGUAAUUGGAAAAGGCGGAGCCAAUAUCAAAAAAAUACGCGACGAAACUCAAACAAAAAUCGAUUUGCCAGCGGAGGGGGAUACGAACGAAGUGAUUGUGAUCACAGGAAAGAAGGAAAAUGUACUUGACGCCAAGGAACGUAUUCAAAAGAUUCAAAAUGAGUUGUCCGACAUCGUCACUGAAGAGGUGCAAAUUGAGCCGAAAUUCUACAACUCCAUCAUUGGCACCGGCGGUAAACUAAUUUCAGCCAUUAUGGAAGAAUGUGGGGGGGUUUCCAUUAAAUUUCCCACUAGCGACUCGAAGAGCGAUAAGGUGACAAUUCGUGGUCCAAAAGACGAUGUGGAAAAAGCCAAAGCUCAACUUCUCGAACUUGCCAACGAACGCCAACUGGCCUCAUUUACUGCUGAGGUACGUGCCAAGCAACAGCAUCAUAAAUUCCUAAUCGGUAAGAAUGGAGCUUCCAUCCGCAAGAUCCGCGACGCCACUGGUGCGCGCAUCAUUUUCCCUUCCAAUGAGGAUGAGGAUAAGGAGGUUAUAAUAAUUAUUGGCAAAGAGGACAGUGUGAAGUCUGCCAAAGAGCAAUUGGAGGCCAUCAUCAAAGACAUCGAUCAAGUUACCGAGGGCGAAAUUUCCGUCGAUCCCAAGUACCACAAACAUUUCGUUGCAAAGCGUGGCGAAAUUUUGCAUCGAAUUUCGGAAGAGAACGGUGGCGUUAUGAUUUCCUUCCCACGGCCAGGUGUCGAUUCUGACAAGGUUACCUUGAAGGGAGCCAAGGAUUGCAUUGAGGCUGCGAAGCAACGAAUCGCCGAAAUUGUUGCCGACUUGGAAGCGCAGGUCACCAUUGAGGUGGUCAUUCCGCAGCGACUGCAUCGCACAAUAAUGGGUGCGCGCGGCUUCAAGGUGCAACAAGUGACCUCUGAGCAUGAUGUACAAAUUAAAUUCCCCGAUCGCGAUGCUACUAAUCCUGUUGAGGGUCUAGUAAACGGUACCAAUGGUAGUGGUGAAGAUUGCGAUGAAAAUGCCGAACCGGUGCGUGAAUGCGAUAUUAUUCGCAUUACUGGCCGCACCGAAAAAUGUGAAGCGGCAAAACAAGCAUUGAUUGGCUUGAUACCGAUCGUUGAGGAGCUUGAGGUGCCCUACGAUUUGCAUCGUACAAUCAUCGGUCCCAAAGGUGCCAAUGUACGUCAAUUUAUGUCAACCUAUGAUGUGCACAUUGAGUUGCCGCCCAGCGAAACAAAGUCUGACCUGAUAAAACUCAGCGGUACGCCGGCGCACGUGGAGGAAGCUAAGGCUGCUUUAGAAAAAAUGAUCGAAGAGUACGAAGCAGAUCGUGCUGAUCGCGAGCUACGUUCGUAUGAGCUGAAAAUCGAUGUGGAUACACAGUACCACUCCAAAUUGAUUGGACGCCGUGGUGCCGUUAUCAAUAAGUUGCGCGCCGAUCAUGACGUGCAAAUCUCGCUGCCAAAACGUACAGAUCCCGAUCCAAGAAUCAUUACCAUCACAGGUUAUCAAGCCAAUACUGAAGCAGCGCGUGAUGCCAUUAUGGAAAUCGUCGGUGAUUUGCAGGAUUUGUACCGUGAAGUCAUUGAAGUGGACUCCCGCAUACAUUCACACAUAAUCGGACAUCGCGGGCGCACCAUUCGAAAGAUCAUCGAGGACUAUAAGGUGGACAUCAAAUUCGCUUCUUCGGACGAUGCUCAAACUAAUCGCAAUGCCGUAACAAUUAUCGGCAAAGAAGAGAAUGUCGAAAAUGCCAAGGAAGUUAUACUCAAUAUGGCCGAGGAUUAUACCAACGAAUAUUUGGACAAUUUGCCACCUUCGCCACAACCUCAGACAGUGGCAGCCUUCCUACCGGGUGGUGGAAACGAAAAUGGUUUUGUCAUUAAGGAUGCACCAUGGGAAAGAGCUAACGACAGGCAAGGCAAGAGCUCUGCACCCAACACUCAGUCGCAAGAAGAUUUCCCAGAUUUCGCAGCUGGCGGUCCCACACCAGUGGCUUCGCCCUUAACAUCGGCAUGGGGACCGAAAAACUAAACGAAAUUAAUUCAAACAAAGAAAAAAAUACUAAUCCGUAAAAAAAGAAGUUUACAAAAAGCAGACAAAAAAAAAACAGUAAAAAUUGCAAACGCAUCAAAAUAUAUAAAAAAUAUGAAAAGAUAGGCAAACGAUGAAAGAAAAUUCUUGAAACACAAACACCAGAAAACUGAGAAGGAGGAGCAUAUUAGGUAGGAGAUCAGCAAUGCACAUACGCACACUCACCAACAAAAGUGAGUGCCAAAUCGAAGGUUGUCCAUAAUAGCGUUUUUGUUCUAAAAUCAAAUUUGCGUUGCAAUGACUUCACUAGAAUCACUAAAAACAAAUCACUAAACAAACAACAACAACAACAAUCAACAUCCCAAUUUAAAAGACAGCAUCGAAACAUUAAAAACAAGUGAGGAAUUCUAUAUGCUUGUAAUUUGCAAUUUACGCAAUACUUUGCAAGCUAAGUCUCAAUUGAAGUGUAAUGUGUAUAACGGUUUAAAAGUAGAUGUUAACAUUUCGUAGUUAUCGACAAAUAAGAGCAAAAGUGUUAAGUUAUAAGAAAUGUUCUUUAUUUGCGUAGGUUCACAUAACAGUUACUUUCUCGUAUUUAUCAGACAGAAUAGCUGCCGGAUUUUUUGACACUUGAUCUUGCGUUGCCUAAUUGCGUUAUUAUUAUGUGAGAAAUUUUUUGUUGUCGUUUGUUACGCCUUUGGAAGUUAACCGUGGAACAGGGCAUUUCAAUAUCAUACUCACACACUCACACCACGUACACAUGUUCAUUCUUAUUUUGCAUAUCGUUGGUGAAAAGCUCAGCAGUUCAGUUAGAGAGUUGACCUCUUUUCUAUCAAACGCGCUUUUCAUUUACAUACGUAAACGCUCCAACGAAAAAAUGGAAAACUUCUAAAUCCCAAGUAAACCUUUAAUUACUUUUUCGACUACGUGAAUAUGCUAAAAGAAAUGUUAUAUGCAUACAUACGUACAUUAGGCUUGACUUGGUUACACACGCAUAGAUGCAUGCAAGCAUACAUUAACCUUUGUCUUUUCUAGUGUCCGUAAAGUAGAGUGUUUUUAACAAGUAGAUUUUUCAAAUAUGUUACAAAUGUCUGCCGUAAAAUGUUUUAAUUUAUAUAUAUACAUACACACAUACAUAUAUAAUUUAUAUAGGGAGCGAAGAUUGCAAGUGGAAAAUGCAACGAAGAUAUGAAAUUAUAUUGAAAAGAUAAUUUUAUUAGUAUACAUAGCUGAAGAGAAUGCAGAUGAUUUUAGUAUUUGCCAACCUUCUUUGUAUUGAUCUUUUGGAUAAUCAUGAACCGGAGACGGAGACGCUUCAGCAGAGAGUUAGUUAGCUGAUGGCAAUAUUUUUUUUCUUUAAAUAUAAAAUCUUAAUUUUGCGGAGUAAUGUAAAAAUAAAGUGUUUUAUAUUUGUAUUUAAUUAUAUAUCAACUCUAUAUAUAUUAUCUAUUAUAUACAUAAUAUAAAACGAUUAUAUUAUACCUAUGCUCAUUAAAAUGCGAAAUGUCUCUUUCAAAUCCUACGAACCGAUUCACAUUAUUAUGCUGCCUAUCAUUGGUACACACAGCCACACACACACACCACAAUUGAGUGCGAUGGGGUCUUGCUUAACAUAAAACUCUUUAAACUAUUUCGAGAGCAUAACUUUAUUGCAUAGCGAAGACCUUACAAUUACAAUUUAAAUUUUCUCUUGCGUUUUCUUUUGUUGUAUUUUUUGUAUUAAGUCGAAAGUCGAAACAAACUGCGUUGUCAUUUACAAGUAUAUAUGUAUAUGUGCAUAUAUAUUUGAAAGCAACAAUACGAUACCUCUUUACACAGUUCUCCAAUCAAAUAAAGCAGAAAAACAAACAAAAAAAAAAGAAACAAAAAACAACAAAACAAAAGAAAAACUGUAUUCCUGUGCAAUUAAAAGUCUUCAUUUUUUCGGCUUAUAGUUUUACAUUUUUGUGCGAUUUAUUAUAAUUAUUAUUUUUUCUAACGCAAUUUACACAAUUAUAUAAAAAUAUGAUAUUUUUUUUGCAAAACAUUUUAAACUUAACUGAGUUAAGGAGUAACAACGAUUUUUAUAAAAUUUAUGCAUUGAAACCACAAAUACAAUACACAGAAUAUACAUAAAUAGUAUAGACGUUGAUGAGCUCCUUAACGCAAAUAAAUACGAUUUAUAUUAUUCAUUGAAUAUAAAUAAAAAUGGAAAACAUAGUUAAAAUAAAAAACAAAAAAAUACGUAAAACCAA